GUCAUGAGUGUUGCAUCUUUCGGUCGCCCGGCGUGUCAGGAAUAUUACCGCUCGUUGUUACGGAAGUUUGUGUCAACUUUACGAUGGAUUGCAGAUGUAUAACAGUGAUCAAGUGAACUGACUGCUUACAUCUGAAACCAUUUAUAAUACACACAGAUCCUGCCCGAUGGGACCACAGUGAUGUGAGUGAGCUAUGAUGACAGAACCUGAAAGGGUGGAGAUGCCCCUAGAAGUCAGUGAUAGUGAUAGUGCUAGUGAUAGUGAUCUGACGAUAUGGCGAUAGUGAUCUCCGCCCGUUCCAAGAUAGUGGCGACCGUGAUAGUGACCAGUGUAGGCUUGGCGAUCACGGGCCUCUUCGGCACCUCUGCGGGAUGGUUCCAGACAGCGUCGGAGGACUCUAUGCCACUGCCUUAUCGCCAUCUCCACGGCAACAACCGCCAAGGAAAUAAGAUUGAUCAAGAAGAGAGUGGUGAAAUAUUCGGGCCUGGGGAGGAUGAUGGUAGCGGGAAAGUGGAGACUUACCCACCUGUGUUAACUCUUCCUGGAGGUGAUUACGGUUUAGACGCGGGCAGAAGCUUAAGAGGAGAGAAGGGAGAACGAGGACCUAGAGGACCCCCAGGAGAGUCAAUAAGAGGUCCUCCAGGACCUCCUGGACCCCCGGGACCACCGUUUUCUGGAGGAAGAUCUGCUUUUGGUGGAGACUUCAGUGGAUCAGGAGAUGAUGGGGGAUUUGGGUCUAACAUGUUCGGCAUCGGUGACGGGUUGACGGGUCCCCCUGGACCUCCAGGGAUCUGCUCCUGUAACCUGACCCAGAUGCUCAACACUUUCAGUCACCCGGAUAUCAUCCCCGGACCCCCGGGAGUUCCUGGAAUCGACGGCAAGGCAGGCCCCCCUGGAGUGCCGGGAAUCCCUGGAUCAACAGGAGAGAGGGGAGCUCCUGGACCUGUUGGCGAGAAAGGGGAUAGGGGGGAUGUGGGGCCCAGGGGUCCUGAGGGAAUUCAAGGAACGAAAGGAGAACCAGGGCUCCCCGGCUUUCCUGGAACUCCUGGCACUCCCGGUCCCCCGGGCCCUCCAGGACCUUCAGAGUUCUCCAACCUAGAUCCGAGCUGGAAGCCCCGAUCGAUGUUCAAGGAGACAUUGAUGGGAGCAGGAUUCGACUCCUCAGUGGGGAGACCAGGUACUCCGGGACCUAAGGGAGAGCCAGGGAUAGAUGGCUCUGCAGGACUAAAGGGAGAUAGAGGAUAUCCUGGAGAUAAGGGAGAGAGAGGAGAAGGCGGAGCUAAAGGACAAAAAGGAGAACGAGGACACCAAGGACCUCCUGGAACUCAAGGAUUCAAAGGAGAACCAGGAACUCCAGGAACUGAAGGAAGACAAGGAAUGCCAGGAGAGAAUGGGAGACCUGCCAGCAAAGGCGAAAAAGGAGAGUCAGGGGCGCCUGGUCCUCCAGGACCUCCUGGAUUACCCCCUCCUAGUCUUGACUUGGAUUUCACCUCUUCCGGACUUGGCUCUACCGCUGAGUUCGGGAUGAAGGGAGAGCCAGGGCCUAAGGGAGAGAAGGGAGAGACCGGAUCCAAGGGAGAUAAGGGCGAUCUGGGACCUAGCGGGACAUCCGGACUGCCCGGACCCCUGGGAUCUCCGGGUCCCGCAGGAGAGAAGGGGGAGCCGGGAAGCCAAGGGCAGCCAGGGACUACGGGAUCACCAGGAACAAAAGGCGAGAAGGGAGAAAGAGGCCUGCCUGGCUCAACUAUGGUAACGGGAGACGAUGGUGAUUUCAUUGCAGUCAAGGGUGAGAAGGGGGAGCGCGGCAAGAGGGGGAGGAGAGGCAAGCCGGGGCCUCCUGGUCCGAUGGGUCCACCCGGAAAAUCUGGACCAAUGGGGGAUAUUGGAAUGCCCGGUUUUACGAAUAGAGAUGGUUUACCGGGAAGACCAGGAUUCCCUGGCGAGGGGGUUCCAGGACCGAAAGGUGACAAAGGGGAGCCUGGCCAGUUCCUAGAUUUGUUGGUGAAAGGAGAGAAAGGUGAUCCAGGAAUCAACGGGAGACCCGGACCCCCCGGACCCCCCGGAUCACCCGCUACUGGUAGUAACACUCAGUAUCUCCCAGUACCAGGGCCACCCGGUCCCCCCGGACCACCAGGACCACCGGGCUCACCAGGAGUUGGAGUGAUUGGACAGAAAGGAGAGCCAGGUCCUGCAGGUCCUCCAGGUGGAAGACACGUGUACGGAGAGGCAGUGCACAGCGCUUCUGGUAGACAAGGUCACCGAGGAAGUCUGGACGAGCUAAAAGCCCUAAACAACUUUCAUGGAACUAAUAAAGAUAAAUAUGACAGUCCGUCAAAUAACUUCAGAACACCGGAAGAGACGGAAACAUUGAAGAUAGUUCCAGGUGCAGUGACAUUUAAAACGCUACAGGAUAUGGCUAAGAUGACCAUGAUGACUCCUGUGGGAACACUCGCCUACUUGAUACAAGAAGAAGCGUUGCUUGUGCGUGUCAACAAUGGAUGGCAGUAUAUCGCGUUGUCUACAUUGGUUCCUAUCAGUACAGAGCCUUCACCGCCCCCCUCACCUCCCGAGCAUUUUAGACCCCCCUUCGAGUCUUCCAACUUAGUCUACAGCCAACCUCUUCCCAUGGACAGCCCUGUCGUCAAUGUGAUGCACCCUAGGAUGUUGAGAAUGGCUGCCCUGAACGAGCCCUACAGUGGAGGGUUGAAGGGUAUGAGAGGGGCAGACUACGCGUGCUACAAGCAGGCCAGGAGGUCAGGUCUGUCAGGCACCUUCCGAGCCUUCCUCUCCUCCAGGGUGCAGGAUCUGGACUCCAUCGUACGUUCUUCGGACAGAGACCUCCCAGUCGUCAACAUCAAGGGCGACGUCUUGUUCAGUUCAUGGAAGGAUAUCUUCAAUGGAGACGGGGGGUACAUAUCGCAACCACCGAGAAUAUACUCCUUCAGUGGCAAGAAUAUAUUCACAGACAUUGCCUGGCCUCAAAAGUACGUCUGGCACGGAUCUUUCCUAACGGGAGAGAGGGCCGUCGAACUUUACUGUGACGCCUGGGAGUCUGCCGGUCACGGGCGGCUUGGCCUCGCCUCCUCUCUGCUCAGCGGCCGACUCCUGGCCCAGGAGACGUUCUCCUGCAACCACUCCUUCGCCGUCCUCUGCGUGGAGGCCGCCAGCACCUCCAGGAGACGGCGGCGAGCUGUAGAGGAUCAUGAGCUGACGGUCGACCAGUACUAUGAACUGUUAUCAGAUCUCACUACGGACUGAACGAUCCCGUGUCACGGACUAAUUUUGUACUUGCGCUUUUAUACGUUCUCCUUUAUUUUGUACAAGUGACUAAUUUAUGUUGUUUCUUAGUGCCAGUAUUAUUUGUAUACGCCCCUUCGACUGAUUCUUACAUUUUAUAUAAGUCUUAUUUCUAAGUGCUGUAACACAUAAACGUGUUCGUAACACGUAUAUAAAACAACUAAUAUAAUUAGUCAACUGACAAUACGUAUUGUAACAAUAAAUAAUUUCGAAAAGGUUGUUAAAUAAUAUAUGUAGCUUGGGAAAGAACUAAAAACAAAAUUUUAAAUAUUAUGCAGUUAAUCUUUUAUGUUCGGAGUUCUCUGAACAGUUCAGAUAUGAAAUUAACACGUGCAAAAUUAUCUUUCUUGUGAAAUAUCUUUUGUAAGCUUAACCUGUAAGCAGUUAUCUUGGUUAUACUUGGAAAAUCGCACACGUAUCCAAUGCAAAAGUUUAAAAUAUUUUAUCACCUGUUUAUGUUUAUUUUGAUACUGUAUUAAAUAUAACCUAAAUAUGUUGUAAUGUUAAUUAUGUAAUUUUUACGAGGGAGUAAACAUGCUUCAGAGAGUUUGCCA